ACACAGAACGUUCAGCUUAACAAAGAAAUGACGCUCGCCAGCAACCGGAGCCUGGCAGAAGGAAACCUUUUGUACCAACCCCAACUGGACACCCUGAAAGCACGUUUGACCCAAAAAUACCAGGAACUCCAGGUUCUCUUUGAAGCCUAUCAGAUAAAGAAGACGAAAUUAGAUAAACAGUCUAACAGUGCUUCCUUGGAGACCCUGUUAGCACUUCUUCAAGCAGAAGGGGCCAAGAUUGAGGAAGACACAGAGAACAUGGCAGAGAAGUUUCUGGAUGGAGAACUGCCUCUGGACUCCUUCAUUGAUGUCUAUCAGAGCAAACGGAAACUGGCCCACAUGCGAAGAGUGAAAAUCGAGAAGCUCCAGGAGGUGGUGCUGAAGGGGCAGAGACUCUUGCAGGCCCCAGCCCCGCUGCCGCCUAGGGUGCCUGAGCCACUGCCUGCUGCGCCCCUACCCUACCCCACCACAGAGGCCAGUGGGCCCCCCUCUGUCGUGCCUCGGCGCAUCCCCCCACCACCACCCCCAGUGCCUGCAGGACGCUUAGCCACCCCUUUUACUGCUGCCAUGGGCUCAGGACAGGCCAUUCCCUACCCAGGAUUGCAGUGCCCGCCCCUGCCCCCCCGCAUGGGCCUCCCCACUCAGCAAGGAUUCUCUGCGCAGUUUGUGUCGCCGUACCCACCAGCUCUGCCCCAGAGACCCCCACCCCGGCUGCCUCCGCACCAGCCAGGCUUCAUCCUCCAGUGAGCACCAGCGCCCACUGUUCUGGGAGACUCGCUCUGUUGGAUGUGCCAGCUCCUGCACGCAGGAGGCUGCUGUGCCGGGGCUCUGGCGCCCUGGCCAGCAUGUCCAUGUGGUUUAGAACUGUAGGUCAGUGGUGAGUAGACAUAGAAACUCAGAUUUCAUGCACCGAGGCGGUGUGUGUGCACCAGGUCUCAGCCUGGCCUCCCAUGCAUCACGCCAGUUGCAUUCUUGAUAUGAUUUCUAAGUAUCGUAGUGUUGACAAACUUUUGUGUUUCAGAAGAUAAAAGGCCUCUCCCCUGUUCCUGUUUA